AUGUCGAGUCAAUUAAAAGAAGCAGACUUGGCUUAUGAAGCCGAUCAAAUUAAUAAAGCCGAAAAUCUUUACCAGGUUGUGGCAUUUGAUUCCAAAGACUCCACUGUUCAAGAUAAAGAGGCGUCCGUUGGAAAAUUGGCUGCCAUUUACGUUAAAGCCAACAAAGUUCAAGACCUCUAUGAGUUAGUAUCAAAAUCUAGAGACUUGUUUAGCAAAGUCUCUAAGGCCAAAGUGGGUAAGAUUUUGAAGGACUUGAUCGACAAAUUUUCAGCCAUACCUGUUUACGGCACUGAAGUCCAAUCCUUAGAAAAAAAAGCUAUAGAUGAGUCUAUUGAAUGGGCAAUCACCGAGAAAAAAUCUUUCUUGAGACAAUCAUUACAGUUAAAGAUGGCUUCUGUAUACUACAGAAGAAAAUCCUAUCCUGAUUGUCUAAAGAUUAUUAAUAAUUUGUUGAGAGAAUUCAAAAAAUUAGAUGAUAAAUCAUCAUUGAUUGAAGUUCAAUUGUUAGAAUCCAAGGUCUACUUUGAAUUGAGAAACUAUGCUAAAUCGAAGGCUUCGUUGACCAGCGCCAAAACCAGCGCUAACUCAGUGUAUACUUCAAGUAAGGUGCAGGCCGAAUUAGAUUUAAUGUCUGGUAUUUUGCACUGUGAAGAUGGCGAUUAUGAAACAGCCUUCAGUUACUUUUAUGAAUCCUUCGAAAGUUUCAAUAAUUCAAAUGAUUAUGAAAGUUCCAUCAAGUUACUCAAAUACAUGAUCCUCACUAAGAUUAUGUUGGACAAACCAGAUGAGAUCACUCAGUUACUUAACAACAAAUCUAUAGUCAAUAACAUUACCAAGAAUAGGAAAUACAAGAGCUCAGAAUUUGAACCAAUGAAGUUGAUUUCCAAAUCUUAUGAAAAUAAAUCACUCAAUGAAUUCCAGCAAGUGCUCAUCAAAUACAAUAAUGAACUUUCUUCUGAUUUAAUUAUUAAAUCACACUUCAAGAUUCUCUACAACAACUUAUUGGAACAAAAUUUGUUGAAAAUCAUCAAACCUUAUUCUGUGGUUGAAAUAUCCUACAUUUCUCAACAGAUAAAAUUAGAUUCGAAAUUGAUUGAAAGCAAAUUGUCACAAAUGAUUUUGGAUGGGGUGUUUUAUGGGGUAUUGGACCAAGGUAAUGGCUGGUUGUACAUUUAUGAUGAACCAAAGAAAGAUCCAAACUAUGACCAUGGUUUGUCCUUGGUUCAAGAAAUGAAUACUGUGGUUGAUUUGUUGUAUGAAAAGGCAUCUUCUUUGAAUUAG